AAAUUGCAUGGCUUCAAUUAUAAAUCGUUCACUGACUCUUGUCUCGAAUGGCCUAUCGUCUUUUUCACAAACAGCAACAAACAACAACAAUAAUAAUAACAUUAUGACUUUAGAUUUCAAUUCAACAGGUGAUGAUAAUCCAUUACGGAUUUUUGUUUCAGCUAAAAAAGAUAUAAAUGAUUUAUUUAAUAAAGCUGAAAGAUUUGUUAAAAAUGUUGAUCAAUUUUAUCGUUCAUAUGAUGAAUCAAUGCUUGAUCAGAAUAAUUUAAAUUUUAUUGAUAAUUCGGUUGAAAAAAUUGCCGGUAUUCGUGAUGUUCUUGCACGUAAUAAUAUGAAAGUUGCUUUUUUUGGUCGUACUAGUAAUGGUAAAAGUACGGUUAUCAAUGCCAUAUUACAGAAUAAAAUAUUACCAGCUGGUAUUGGCCAUACUACUAAUUGUUUUCUACAGGUAGAAGGAACUGAUGAAACUGAACCAUUUAUUGUUUUGGAAAAUCAACGACACAAUAUUGAAUCGGUAAAACAUUUAGCUAAUGCAUUGAAUACCGAAAGUUUAGGCGAUUCAACAUUGGUCAAAGUUUAUUGGCCAAAAUCAAAAUGUUCAAUUUUACAUGAUGAUGUUGUAUUGGUUGAUUCACCCGGUACAGAUGUGACAGCCAAUCUUGAUAAAUGGAUCGAUCUUUAUUGUUUGGAUGCCGAUGUGUUUGUUCUAGUUUCGAAUGCUGAAUCAACAUUGAUGCAAACUGAAAAAAAUUUCUUUAUCAAAGUAAAAGAAAAACUAUCAAAACCGAAUAUAUUCAUAUUGAAUAAUCGUUGGGAUGCUUCAGCACAUGAAUUAGAUAGUUUGGAUCUAGUACGUAAACAACAUCUAAAACGUGAUAAAGAUUUUCUAGUUAAUGAUAUGGGCGUAUUGGAUGAACAAACUGCCCAGAAUCAUGUAUUCUUUGUUUCGGCUAUCGAAGUUUUACGUGCUCGUCUAGAGCUUGAAGAAGGAAAACAAAUCAAUACCUCAAACUAUGCUCAUGGUUUUGAAUCAAGAUUUCGUGAAUUUUUGGAUUUUGAGAAAAAAUUCGAACAAUGUCUAUCGAAAUCGGCUGUUCAAACAAAAUUUGGUCAACAUACAAUGGAAAUAAUCAAAAUGACUGAUGAUUUCAGCCGAUUUUUAAUGGCAAUAUCGGCCAAAACAAUUGAUGUAAGAAAUGAAAAACGUAAUCAGAUCAAAAUAAUGAAAGAUCGUAUGCAACAAAUCAAACAACAAUUUCAUAUAUUCACUAAUGAAGUUAAAUUACAGAUUUGUAAUCUGGUCAAACAAGUAGAACAAAAAGUUUCUACCGCAUUGAAUGAUGAAAUACGACGUUUGUCUACAUUAGUCAAUGAUUUUGAUCGACCAUUUAAUACAGAUGAAAUUUCAUUGAAUUUAUAUAAAAAAGAACUUCAUGUUCAUGUUGAACAAGGUCUUGGUUCAAAUCUUAAAUCACGAUUAUCAUCGGCAUUAUCCUGUAAUGUUGAAGCAACUCAACGACAAAUGAUUGAUGGUGUUAAACGAUUCAUAUCCGAAAUGAAUUUUGAUCAACUUUUAUUGAAUCAAGUUUCAUCACAACAAGAUUUUAAACUUAUUUAUCGAAUCAAUUGUGAAUCAUUAUGUUCAGAUUUUCAAGAAGAUCUUGAAUUUCGUUUUAGUUAUGGCUUUUUUCAAUUAGUUCGUCUAUUGACCGGUGGUGGUGGUGCUGGAAAUUCAUCGAAAAAUGAAAUUGAUAAAAGUAAUUUAUCAAUAUCACAACAACCAAGCAAUAGUUUAAGCCAUAAUCAAUCAUUAAUUCGUACGACUACCGAUCAUCUUGAUCUAUUAGAUAAAUUAGCUAGUUCACGUUCUACAAUAAUUGUAUUGGCCGUUGGUGGUAGUUUAAUUCGUGUUAUUGGUUGGCAUGUAAUUGCCAUAACCAGUGCCAUUUAUGUAUUGCUAUAUGUUUAUGAACGAUUCUCAUGGACCACAAAAGCCAAAGAGAAUGCAUUCAAAAAACAAUAUGUAGCACAUGCAACAAAAAAAUUACGUCUUAUUAUCGAUUUGACUAGUGCUAAUUGUUCACAUCAAGUACAACAAGAAUUAUCAUCAACAUUUGCACGUUUGAAUCGAAUGGUCGAUCAAUUUGUUGAACAGAUGCAAAAAGAUAUACAAAAAUUAGAACAAGAAGUACAACUAUUGAAUCAACAGGAACAGAUGAUUACUGUUUUGAAAAAUGAAGUUCGUACAUUAACAUCAGAAUUGCAGAAUUUUUCAGAAAAGUAUUUAUGAAUAAACAAAAGUAAAAAAAUUCAUCUAUACAACUUUAUUACAUUCGCUUCUACAAAAUAAUCUACGAUGAUGAUGAUGAUGAUAAGAUAAAUGAA